GAUGCUGGAUGAGCCCUCUGGGGUCAGGCAUAAGAGCUCUACCAGAAAGAAUGCAGAAAGCAAGAGAAAUGUAGCAGGGGUAUUGACUGAAGAAACAUAAUUUUUGCUUGUAGGAAUAAAAGCCUGCCUAGGUGCUCUUGUACCCCCUAACUAUCACCCCUGGAGUGCUCAACUGCUUCUGUUCAUGUGCUAGCAGGUGCUGAGGGGAGGGAGUGUCUCCUAAUCUGUCCUGCAUUGCUUUCAGCUGUGAGAGACAGGAGCCAUUUGGGAGGCCCAGCCAAAUGAUGCUGUCAGAGUCAACAGACCUGUUUGUGAAAGGGGAGGCUUGCAGGACUGGAUCUCUCCUCCCUGAGGAACUCUGAUGUGUGAGGCAGGCCAAGAAGGCAGCUUCAGGGACCUGUCCUGGCAUGGAGAUGGCAGACAUGAAGAACUUGUUCCUUCUACUCAUGCUAGCAAUGAUGCCACCUUCUACAUUUUUAGGUCACCGGAUGAAACGGCAGAUUGGUGUCUGGGGGAGCUGGGGUGAAUGGGGCAAGUGCAGUCGGAGCUGUGGCGGUGGAGUCAGCUUUCGGCAGCGGCGCUGCUAUUCCCAAAGGACAGAAGGUGCUUCCAGUUGUGUUGGACCAACUCGAAGCUAUCGGUCAUGCAAUGUUCAGAGUUGCCCGGAAGGCUCCCGGGAUUUCCGGGCAGAGCAAUGUGCAGAGUUUGAUGGGACAGAAUUCCAAGGAAAGAAAUACAAGUGGCUUCCGUAUUAUGGAGCUCCUAAUAAGUGUGAGUUAAACUGUAUUCCCAAGGGAGAAAAUUUCUACUACAGGCACAAGGAAGCAGUGGUAGAUGGGACUACCUGUGAACCUGGCAAGCGAGACAUCUGUGUAGAGGGAGUUUGUCAGGCCGUUGGCUGUGAUAACAUGCUGGAAUCUGCCAAGAAGGAGGACAAGUGCCUGAAGUGUGGAGGAGAUGGCAGCACCUGCUAUGGUGUGAAGGGUACUUUUGAUGUGCCCAGCCUCCCCAAAGGUCCCAAUCAAAUCUUCAUCAUUCCCGUGGGAGCCACAAGCAUUCAAAUUAAGGAAGUUAUGCCCAGCAGGAACUUCCUGGCUGUCAAGAACGUGCGAGGGGAAUAUUACCUGAAUGGGCACUGGACAAUCGACUUCAGCCGGGCGCUGCAGGUAGCUAGCACGGUUAUGCACUAUGACCGUGGCUCGGAGGGUGAUCUGGCCCCAGAGCUCCUCCAUGCCCAGGGUCCCACCACAGAACCCCUCGUCAUUGAGCUCAUCAGCCAGGAGCCAAACCCCGGGGUACAGUACGAGUACUACCUGCCCGUGCAGGGCCAGGCCUCGGGGUACAGCUGGAGCUAUGGCUCCUGGAGUGAGUGCAGCUCCGAGUGCGGAGGAGGUUUCCAAACCCGCUUGGUGUUUUGUACCAUAGACAAUGAAAUUUAUCCAGACUAUAUGUGCAGGAAUAAACCACAGCCAGACAAUAACCGGACAUGUGGCCAUCAAACUUGUCCUCAGACAAAACGGACUUCCUACAUCUAUCUGCCGCAAACCUGGAGUCACAGUGGAGCACGAAGCUCUCAGAUGAAGAGGUGGAAAACAGGGGAGUGGGGAUCCUGCUCAGCUACCUGUGGUGGGGGCACCCAGACUCGCUCCGUUUACUGCGUGGCAUUUGACGGUCAGAGCUCGCAAGGGGUGGUGGAUAACACUGAGUGCAUGGCCUUCGCGCAGCAGCCUCGCAGCAGUCAGCCCUGCAACAUGAGACAGUGUGCCACCUGGAGCACGGGGCCCUGGUCCGAGUGCUCAGCCAGCUGUGGGGAAGGGGUCCAGACCCGGACUGUCACCUGCAGAACGCAGCAGGGCUCUCAGGCUCAGGACUUCGCUUGCCUAAUGGAGCCAAAGCCAUCGGCCACCCAACCCUGCCUUAAGGAGAACUGCGUCCAGGAAAUUGGCUGGCACGUUGGAGACUGGGGCCUGUGUUCGAAGAGCUGCAGUUCGGGCAUCCGGACACGCCAGGUCAUCUGCGCUGACGGCGACUCCAAAUUCUACAGUCCCGAGACAUGCAAAGCCAUCCAGCCACAGAAACCAGCCACCCUGGGCAGCUGCAACAUGCAGCCCUGCUACCUGCCGCAGCAGGUCCCCAGUAUGCAGGACACUAUGGGAUACGAUGUCACUCGCCAGUCCUUGCUGACACGUUACAACCCAAACAGCCCUGCCACAGGAGUUCUCUCCCCAGAUUCUGGUGAUGAACGGAUGCUCUCUGGGAGCGCCACGAUCCAUAGUACCUCUGGGAAUCACCACAUCCCAUCCACCAAGGACCAUGGCAUCAACUUGUUGCCUGUUCGCUGGGAAUCUCGGUUGCGCUCAUCGGGUUCCCAUCAGCUCAGCUUCUCUCAGGACCCCACUGCAGGGACUGGCUCUCAGGACUGUCACCGGAGCACACACGGCUGCUGUCCAGAUGGGCACACUCCGGCUUCAGGCCCUUUGGGGAAAGGUUGCCCCUUCAGCACCUGUCACCGAAACAGGUAUGGAUGCUGUCCUGAUGGAGUAUCGGCUGCCCAGGGUCCAAACAACAUGGGAUGCCCACAAUAUUACCGUGAUGUUCAAGUGAGCAGAAAUCAACCCACUGCGGCCACUUCAACAGCAAGCCAAGCCUUGUCCCAGCAGCACCCCUCGGGCGAGUGCCGCAGUUCUGUGUACGGCUGCUGUUUUGACAAUGUCGCUUCAGCAUCAGGCCCUCGAGGGGAAGGAUGUCUCAAUAGGCCCAACUACCCGUAUCCUGUUGUAUGCCUGCUGCCCAGUGCCCACGGCCCCUGCACAAACUGGACCACUCGCUGGUACUUUGUGACCGUCGUUGGCAAGUGCAACCGGUUUUGGUACGGUGGCUGUCACGGCAAUAAAAACAGCUUUGCCUCGGAGGAGGAGUGCAUGAGAGUGUGCCGCAAUUCUGUGGUGGUCAGUCCUCUGGAGCACCAGCCCUCUUCUAGCACAGGAGCCCUGCAACGCCAGCACGCUGGCUCCCACUCUCGUACAGGGGAAUCUCGGGGUCAGCAGCAGCCACCCCCAAGAGAGUCUGCAAGUCACAGCCAAGAAGGAAGAGCCUAUGGGGCUUCACACCCCACGCAAGACAGCCACACACAGGACAGCUGGAGAAGCGAGGCGCUGCCAGAGGCUUUUCCGAGGACUGGUGUGCUGGAGAGCCAGCACUGGGGCACCCAGCAAAGUGGAACGCACAGCCUGAGCCAGCCGCGCCUGCAGGACACGGCAGCGCCUGGGCCCCCGCAGCGGCAGCGCGGCAGUGCCCAGCCCGCGCGGCCCCAGGAAGGCCAGCAGUGGCACAAGGCUUCUGGAGCAGAUGUUUCCAUGACAGAGGGAUUUGGGCACCAGGCUCCUGCAGACUUGUUCCCAAUGUGGGCUCUGCACAGAGCCAUCCUGGAGGAAGCCAAGCCUUCUCUUGUGACAGCAGCGGUGGGACAAAACAUCCAGCUGGUCUGCAAGACAGGCAUGUCCCCCUUCUCCAGAGUGGAGUGGAUGAAGGACGGCCGACCAGUCUCCUCUGACAGACACACCUACCAGUCCGACAGCUCCUUAGUGAUCAGCCACGUCAAGGUGGAGGACACCGGGACUUACACAUGCCUCAUUUCUGAUGGGAGGACAGAGAGCCGACAGAUUCAAUUACAGAUCAUAGAGUACCAGAGCGCUGUUCUGGCAGAGGGUGAGAGAGGUCGGGUCCUUCACAAGGAAAAUCAGCAGCAUCAAGAGCUAUCCAGAGGCAGGAAGGUUGUACAGGCAGCCGGUUCCUCCAUGCAUCAGCAAUUCACAUACAGAUUGAGAAUGGAUAAGAGUGAGCCCUCAGUGGUAGAGGCCAACGUCGGGGAGAGAGUCAGACUGCCCUGCACAGUGGAAGCAUCGCCGGCUCUCACCAUCCAAUGGCAGAAAGAUGGGCAGCCCCUCUCCUCUCCCAGGCACAGGCAGCAGUCGGAUGGGGCCCUGGUGAUCAGUCGGGUCAGCUCUGAAGACGUUGGCUUCUUUACCUGCAUUGCUUCAAACGGACGUGACCAGGACCAGCGCCAGGUCCUGUUCCGACCUCUGGGAGAGCUGAGGAUCACUGGUCUCCUGCCAAGCAUCACAGUACCUGAGGGAGGGACUGCUCAGCUUCACUGUACAGUGACUGGCAACAACGUGAAUAUAAGGUGGUCAAGGAACGGAGUCCCCAUGCGGGCAGAUGGCCACCACAUCCACCUGUCCCAGGAUGGAAGCCUGGUCAUAAGCAACGUUCAAGAGGCUGACGAGGGAUCCUACACAUGCAGUGCCUACAGCAGCAGCAACUCCGUCAGUGCCAGCACGGAGGUGAAAGUGCUGAGGAGCAGGCCUAGCACUACUGUGAAUCAUGUUGUGGACGCAAGCAGAGAGUGCGUGGACCAGCCACACCUCGCCAACUGUGACCUGAUCCUGCAGGCCCAGCUCUGCAGUAACGAAUACUACUCCAGCUUCUGCUGUGCCAGCUGCUCUCGCUACCAACCACAGGCCAGCCCUCCCCGGCACCGCGGCUGACAGACACCUCCACGGCCACCUGAAAGUACAGGUGACCCAUUACAAGACUGGAAGUCUGAACUCUGUCCUCUUACUGCGUGAAACUCUUCUGGGAGCUGUGCCCUGCUGGAAAGCUUGAGGGCGAAUUGAACACAGUGUGGUGGGUGUAACUGUUCAAAGGUGGGAGACUCACCACCCUCAGGUUUAUUGCAAGCUCAGUUUUUCCCUCCUGUAUGCCCUGCUGUAGCUAAUCCAUCUCUUCAUGUAAGAGUAGUUGCUGUUAUUCACAGAACAAGAUGAUACUGGGACUGUAACAUGCUGUGACUUUAGAGAAGGCAGAUAACCAGCAUGAAAGAGGAAGAGACCAAUUCUUCAUAGAAUCUCUUCUCAGAAAGAGAAGUGCUCUUAAAAAAAAAAAAAAAAAAAAAAAGUUUGAAGAUGAGUCUGAAUUAUCUUAACUAAAGCACUAAUGAGCAAUGAACAUUUGUAAUCCUGGGGAGCACUUUCUAUCUAAAUGCAAAAGACUCUGGCUAUGAGAAACAGUUUGAUGCACAUAAAAUUACUGUUCAGGUCCUAUGAGAUUACUAGCUCUAGGGAUGCAGCUGUAAUGUCAUGUUACUGUAGUUUUAUUCCAGUAGACCUUAGAGAAAUUUCUAGUUGGGUCAGUUGGGUUUCUACUUGACUAUAAUCAGUUUUGGAUUGAAAUGCAGAAGCAAUGCUUCACAGAACACUUGGAAUACUUUUAGCCCUUCCUGAAUGUUAGGGCUAAUUUAGAUAAACAUACCAACACUGUUACCUGUUCUGAGCUGCAGUUUAAAUAGCACUUGCUGUAGGAAGGCUCAGCAGAUUUUUUUUUUUUUUUCUGAGCCAGAACUGUGCUGUUGAAUUUAUUGUAAAGCUGGGCUCAGUGGUAACAUUGUGCUGGGUUUCAGCUUGGGGAGGCGAAUAAUGUACACAUAGAAAUACAUGUUGGGACAUUUGACUUGCCAGAAUAAACCUCUCAAUGAUCUGCUUAGUCUCAGUUAAGUCCAGGAAAGCCUGGCUCUGCAUGUGGCCUGGGCUGAUUCCUGCUGCUGUGAGCUAACAACCGAGGACUUCCAGAUGCAGAGCAGCUAGAGCUGACAAGCAUCCUUCAUUUCAAGACUAACACGGAGUGGCAGCCAGCAUGCAUAUAGGGCUCUGAACGUCUCGGGCAAUAAGGGCUGUACGUGGAGACGUGAGGCGAUACCAUGAUUUGUAUCAGGAAAGGUUCUUGGGUAUCUUCAGUGUCUCAAAAUGGCAUUAUUUCUCAGCAAAAGCAUUUUUAUACAGCCUCCAUGGUAUUGUUUUACCCUAGCAUCAGCCCUACAGUCUCCCUCUUCCUCCUUCCAAACUCCCUGUUGAGACUUGGAUGGGUUAAUCAUAUUAAUCAGCACCAUCAGCCAUUCAUUAUUUGCAUAGAUGUAGCUAUAAACUAGUAGACUGGUGUGUAGUGUUGAUAUUGAUGUUUUGGUUGGAGGGGGUGGAGGAUUCUUUUUUUUUUCUUCUCCUACUUCUGUUAAUUUAAGGCAGGAAGCUAAUUCAGGACUCUGCUCACACCACUCUCCUCUCCUUCAGUCCAGAUUCAGUACUCAGGGCAGUAGUAACACAUAGGUGGAAAUCUCCAGGUUUGACAGCCUAAAGGUGGUUUGGACUCUCAACCCAGUAAAUCAGUUCAGAUGCACCACCUUAAAAUAAAAAUUACUAACCUAAUGAGUGCACUCUCUUCAGCACAGGUAUGGCUUUGGGAUUGGACACACUGCUUUAAGACGUGAACAAACUGAAAAGUCUAGAAGCAAUCCAGUAAAGGAGCGAGAGGUGACAGUCACACAGCUAUAUGGGGGUGGGUCUUUCUGGGGUCUGAUAGAUUCUGCUUGCUACAAAACACUUAUUUUUGCAGUUAAGACCCUUUAAUUUGAUUAGGGAAAAUGUCCUCUGCUGUGUAAUUCAUGGUAGGUGUUACAAUGUAAGGUUUGAAGUUGACUUUACUGGAUAUUUAAGAACAAUGAAAUGGUCCCGAGAACUUCUAAUUGUGUUUGUAUAUAAUUUUGCAUUUAACAUCUCAGACCAGCACCUACUAUGGGAUAGUUUAGUAUGACUUUGCCUUUUGAGACCAGGGACUUGUCUCUGACUCUGUAAAUUCCAGCCUUAGUGAAGCCCUGUUGGUUCACAUGUGGCAGGCAGAGAGGGGAGUCAAGGUCUGUGGAGCACACUUAGAAGUUGAUUGUUGUUAUAUCAGACUCUUUUGUCCCAGAAUAAUAUCCCUUGCUACUCUGUCAGAGGCUCUAUUGUUAGAAUAUUUAAAUAUAGUGUGUAGUCAGCUUUCAUUUAAGCUGUAUGGUUGGUUAUAGAAGCUGUGGCCAGGGAGUGCCUUCUCCAAAUUGGUGAGGGCUGUAACAGGCACCUGCAGUCUGAGGGGCAGGACGUUACUGCUGAAGGUGCUUCGGGUGGGUGUUUAUUCUGAUCUCCUUUCAGCUGCAUAACUGUGGUAGUAAGGAUGGCAGCAGAAGACAUGCAGGUCACUGCUUUAAAAACACAUGUCCUCACUCUAAUACUACCUAAAGCGUCUUCUUAUAUUUCUUCUCUUAUUUGACAAGCUGAGCUUUUCCCUCUUUGUAGUACCACUUAACUGCCUAACUGAAUGUUUACUUCUUUGACUUGAGAAUCAAGAUGUUUGUUUUCCUCCCUAAACAAUGGAUUGUAGGAAGGUCGUAUCUCCUUUACUAUUCUCUCCAGGGCAGGGGAAGGGUGUAGCUAUACUGGGUUAUUUUCAGCUGAUCUUGGGGCACUACUGUGAAAGAUAUGGAACUGAUAGAGUAAGCAAUACUUUCCUUCCUAUUAUAAAUGUCUACAAGUAUUUACUUUUUGAAAGCUGAAAAAAAGCAUUGGUACCAACUCCAGUACCAUAGGGAGUGUUGGUCAUUACUAUUCAUAUCAUGCUGAAAACAGGUAAGAAUCUGUAAGGAAAAAAAAUCCCUAGUUUUCUAGACCAUGUCACUGUGAAACUCACUUGUACCUGCCUGAAAAUAGAAACUGCUGGCCAGCUCAAACGCUAGGGCCAAACAAAGGGAGCAUUUCUUCCCUUUCAGGUUACAAAGUCUGACUUUUCCUUGUGUCUAAACUGACAUAGUGCACAUAAGAAUGCAGUAAGAGCCAGCCAUACUAACAGGGCAGAUAGAAGAACAGAAAAUAUAGUCUUCUCAGAUGGCUCCUAGGAUCUUCUCUCCUUUUGGUAGUACAGGAAAGAAAAAACAACAUAAAAGUUUUCCUUUUUUCCCUUUUUGAAUGCUAGUGUUUUCAUAUUUGUCUCUGUAAAUAUUCGCUGUUAGAAAAUAGUCAUGCAAACCCACAAUCUGAUGGUUUUUGUCAAGCCCUCCCUUUCAGAGCUUUAAAUAGUUAUGGGUCACAAGGCUAUCUGCAAGUUCAGUCUUAAAGUUCGAGGUAACCUAACAUGGUGUACAAACUGAGAGGUGUUAAGAUACCAUUAUUAAGCUUCUAGGGCUCAUCUAACACUCACCUCAUAACACAGAAGAUACCCAGAAGGGCAAAUGCUGAAAACUGGAUGGGGGUGGUAAGUAAAGCUUUCGCAGACAGCACUUCUACCACCAACAUUUAUUUCUGUUAAAGCAGAUUAUAAAUCAUCAGUACAAAUAUAUAUAUAACUUACAUUUGCUUGUAAGGCCAAAGUUUAAAAGUAAAGUUAAAAUGAGAUGGUUUUCACAAGUCACCAGAGGCAGAAUCUGGACCAGCUGCAGCCUUAACCACAAGGUUUCACAAAUCAGUGGGAAAAAAAAACAAAAACAAAAAC